AUGUGGCACACAGGCCUUGUUCCGUCGUCUGUGCCACCGUAUCUGCUGACCGUCGAAGUCUGCGGGCACCCCAUUUCCAUGGAGCUGGACACAGGGGCCAGCGUGUCGGUCAUGGCCGGGAAAGUGUUCAAGCCUACUUUCCCCGACGUGUCCGUCGAGGCUUCGGGCGUGAUGCUGCACAGCUACUCGGGACAGCUCUCCCAGGUCCAGGGGCAGGCCCGGAUCAGCGUUCGCUUUGGUGACAGGGAGGCAACCCUUGCCCUUUAUUUAACCAAGGGGUCGUCACCGACGCUGCUGGGCCGAAACUGGAUUCACGCACUGGGAGUUCUGUUGCCGGAGUACCAAGGGGCCGUCGUACAUGUGGUUAAAGACGUCCCAAGCCUCCUGUCCGAUUUCAAGUCCCUGUUCCAACCGGGGGUGGGCACAUUUGCCGGCACGACGGCUAGCAUUUACGUUCCUGAGGGAGCCCGGCCUCGUUUUUUCAAGCCUCGCCCUCUGCCGUUCGCCCUGAAGGACGGGGUCACCCAGGAGCUGCAACGGUUACAGCGAGAGGGCAUCCUGGUGCCCGUCAAGACGUCUGAGUGGGCCGCUCCCAUAGUUCCAGUCCUCAAACGAGAUGGCAGCGUCAGGAACUGCGGGGAUUUCAAGGUUACCAUCAACCCCGUCGCUACCGUCGAGAAGUACCCGCCGCCCCGGAUUGAAGUUCUCUGGUCAGCAUUGUCCGGGGGACAGAAGUUCACAAAGCUCGACCUCAGAGACGCUUACCACCAGCUGGUGCUCCAGGAUGCCUCCCGGAAGUAUGUCACGAUAUCGACAACUUUGGGGCUCUUCCAGUACACGCGCUUACCGUUUGGCGUGGCCUCAGCCCCGGCCAUUUUUCAGAGGGAGAUGGACAACCUCUUCAGGGGCAUGAGGCACUUGGCGGUGUACUUGGACGACAUCCUGGUUACUGGUACCGACGAUGGGGACCACCUGCAGAACCUGCACAACGUCCUGGCACGAUUGCAGGACGCCGGUCUCAAGCUCAAGCUAGAAAAGUGCGUUUUCCUGGCCCCCAGCGUUGAGUACCUGGGGCACGUCAUUUCCCAGGCUGGCCUGUCCCCAGCCCUCUGCAAAGUUGAUGCUGUGCUCAAGGCGCCAAAGCCCCACAACAAGAAGGAGCUUCAGAGCUACCUCGGCCUCAUCAACUUCUACAGGAGUUUCCUGCCGCCCGAACCUGUCGGCGCGUCUACAGCCCCUCCAUGUUUACUUCGAGAUGGUCAGCAGUGGACCUGGAAGAAGGAGCAGGAAGUGGCAUUCCAGCGCAGCAAGGAGCUAAUCACCAAGGCUCCAGUGCUGGUGCACUUCGAUCCGGACAAGCCUGUCGUCCUUACAGUAGAUGCGUCGCCAUAG